GAGAGAGAGAGAGAGAGAGAGAGAGAGAGAGAGAGAAAGGGAGAGAGGGAGAGGGAGAGAGAGAAAGAUAGACAAGCGCUUGCAAGCAGCUGCCGUAUGCAACAAGCGGGCAAGCAGUGAAACCACAAAACAGAGGCUAUCAGUAGAGCGAACCGCCUCUCUGCAAGCAACUGACAGAACAACCGUCUGAAAGAUUUCUACUGAACAGCCAGAAUGCCUCGUUCCUUCCUCAUCACGAACAAACGCUACAAAUCGCAUCUCAACUUAUACGAGGAUGACAUCAACAGCGACUACAGCAGUAGUAAAGAGAACAGACCGCUGUGCGCGUUGCCAUGCCCCGUUAUCAACUGGCCAGCAUACAGGGACCAAAUCACCGACAACGGCGUCAAUGUCGGUCUCAUCUACGAUUCUGCAUUAGAGAAGCGAUGCCUCGCCAGCAACCUCAUCCCCUUCGUCAACUUCCAUUCCUACUGCGACCGCACCAUUACGACAAAAAUCGAAGCGUCGCGAGCCGACCACGUCCAGAUGACGACAAAUAUCGAAGCGUCGCCGCUGCCGACGAUGACGACGAAGGCGCCCGUUUGGCGUCCGCAGGUCGGCAACCCGGAGUUUCUGGGCGUGCCAACGCCUCCCAGUUCACCGGAAGCGCCCGAGGUGGAGCAGUACGACUGUCCGGAGUGCGGGAAACAAUACAGUACAUCUAGCAACCUAGCUCGUCAUCGCCAGACGCACCGCAGUGUCACCGACAAGAAAGCGCGUAAGUGUCCGCACUGCGACAAGGUGUACGUGUCGAUGCCGGCGUAUAGCAUGCACGUGCGCACGCACAGCCAGGGAUGCCAGUGCCUGCACUGCGGUAAAUGCUUCAGUAGGCCCUGGCUUCUCCAAGGACACAUACGCACGCACACGGGAGAGAAGCCUUUCAACUGCCCCGUCUGCAGUAAGGCGUUUGCCGACAAAUCGAACCUGCGCGCGCACGUGCAGACACACUCGAACAGUAAGCCGUACACGUGCGCGCGCUGCGGCAAGGCGUUCGCGUUGAAGAGCUACCUGUACAAGCACGAGGAGUCGUCGUGCAUGCGCGCGGGCGGACGCGCGGGCAAGGACGACAGGUAUCCGACUCCACCUGCCGAGCGGUGAUGUCAUCCACCGUGAGCUGUGACGUCAUCGACUGUGAGCGGUGAUGUCAUCAUCAACUAUGGGCGGUGAUGUCACUAUUAUGAGCGGUGAUGUCACCAACUAUGCGCGGUGAUGUCACGAACUGGCUUUGCAACGUCACCAACAAGGCGCCAGUAUCACCUACAUCAUGACGUCAUCAACAUCGCGAUAGUAGACUAGUCAAUAUACGUCACCAACAACGAGCGAUGUCUCAUAGUCAGGGGGUGUUCGAAGAAUGCACUGCAUACCAGGUGAACUGCAAACGAUGGGCGCUCACUGCAAUAGUUGACGCAAGUGCGAUUGGUUGAGAAAGGCGCGAGCAUCAAAUAGCCGUGCGCGUCUACGCAGUUGCACGAAGAAAAACUAAAAGGGAAUCUAUGAAGAAAUCAACGAUCCCUCACACUUAGGACAGCUCUCUACGAAGCGCAUUCAGUAGGUGUGCGUUGACAUUUACCCUGACGCAUCAAACUAACUACGUUUCGUGACGAUAAGUGUUUCAGAUGAUAAGAAGAUGAUUUAUACGUACACCCAUCGUUCAUCGGUUACGCCUUUGCUCUGCUAAGGACGAACCUGGGGCCAUUGUAUGAACGUGGGGGGGAGGGGGCACAUGCGUGGGUGUCCGUCGGUAACUUAUAUAUGUGUAUGUGUUUAUAGAGUAAACUCUAUCGCGUGAUGUAGCUGAUAAUAAUGUGUUUAGUUGUCGUAGAAACUGAGGCAGCAUAAACGCGUGGUGCAAUUCGCUAGGAUCGACUAUAACUGGGAUAGUGAAAGAAGACGUAUAAUUCCCGUCUAUGUCAGACAUAGGAAGCGUUGAGAGGGAGAGAGAGAGAGUGAGCUGCACGUUUGAUUUUUGUGAUAAUGUUAACGUUAUGUAUACGGAGACGAUAUACAGCCCUGAAUGACAGCACGCUGUGUUAAGAUGUUUUUACGUUUUAAAUAGUACGUUAGACAUGUAAACAUGUUCAUAUUGAGUCUAACCGCUCGCGUCUUGUCCGUUGAUGUUUUAGUUUAAAAAAUGUUCUCGUUUAUUCUUUGUCUGGUGAGAGUUGAUCUGGGGUAACUUUUUCUUGUGAUACUUUCUGUUGCAUCUCGACAAGGCGGUGCUAUUUGCUCCGCCACUUUCUACAGUUUCUUUUUUUAUCUUUUGUACGGAAAAUUUUAUAUUUUCAUACUGAACGAAGGAACAACGCGAUAUUUUCCUUCCGUUCCUUGCGACUUCUGCGAGCUCGAGCGAUGCAAAACCCUCCCUUUUUAGUUAGAUUUUCACUUCUCCAUACUUUCAUAACUUAUCGAUUUCUUAGCCUGUAAAUAUAUUUAUCGAUAUUUAUUGUUAAUUUAUGCCGAUGUAAACCGAGUUAUCGCAGCAAUGCCAUAUAAUGCAGAUCAUGACUUGCAGUAUAUACCUGCGCGCGCAUGCUGAUACUUGCACACAGCAACACCAUUGACUCAGCUGAUGGUUGUUUAUUUAUUUAUUGAUGUAGUUGUAAUCACAUCCGAUACCGUGUAACUAGUAUUUAGUAUUUAAGACGCAAAUUCACAAUUAAAAAUUAAUAUAUUGUAUUUAAAAACGGUUGUAAAUGGAAUCGGCAAAUGGACGAUAAACAUGUCGUUUAAUUUAAAAAUUCUGCUGAUGUAUGAGCGUAAUGGUAGCGACCGACCACGUAUCAAGUGCCUUUCAUUCUCUAUCGAUGAGUGUUGCUAGCAUGUAUGUAGCUGUUUGAUCUGGACAUGUCGCAUGCAGUGAAUCGAUGUAUUUGCGACUUCAAAUCGUUAGAAAUCCGACAAUUUACAGAAUUGCACCUGGAAUCGGAUCCAUCGACUGCAAGUUCACUUUGUAUAAAAUACUAUUGUAUGUAGCUUAAGGUGAAAUAAAUAUAUUGACUUUUUUCUACACGAUA